AUGGCCAACUUGGGCUCGACCCUAAUCACCUUGUUGUGUUUACUGGCAAUACUUUGCGCACAUAUUGCGCCUUGUGAAUCCACUAGGAAAGGGAAAUUACACCCACACCGGCAUGCACGCGCACAGCACGUACGUAAGGGAAAGUUUGUUAAGACCAAGGGCACAAGGUUUUUGCUCCACGGUUCCCCUUUCCUCUUCAAUGGCUUUAAUGCUUACUGGAUGAUGAACGUGGCGGUGGAGCCCGCUGAGAGGUAUAAGGUCACCGAGGUUUUUCAGCAGGCGGCCCUGGCAGGGAUGAACGUCUGCCGGACGUGGGCUUUCAAUGAUGGUUGCGAUAAGGCGCUGCAGACGUCUCCCGGUGUUUAUGAUGAACAAGUCUUUCAGGCACUUGAUUUUGUUGUCUCUGAGGCACGCAAAUGCGGAGUUCGCUUGAUUUUGAGCUUGGUUAACAACUACAAGGACUACGGAGGCAGACCUCAAUAUGUUCAAUGGGCACGCAAUGCAGGAGUAUCCGUCAACGGGGAUGAUGAUUUUUAUACUAAUGGCGUCAUUAAGGGAUAUUAUAAGAACCAUAUAAAGACCGUUUUGAAUAGAGUCAACACCUUCACCAAUCUAGCAUACAAGGAUGAUAACAUGAUCAUGGCAUGGGAGCUCAUGAAUGAGCCCCGUUGUGAAAAUGACUACUCUGGGAGAACAGUGAACUCAUAUAACGUGCAUGCAUGAUUACAAUCCUUAGACAAGAAACACUUGCUGGAAAUAGGCAUGGAAGGGUUUUAUGGAGAUUCAACGCCGGACAAAAAGCGGUACAACCCUGGUUAUGAAGUUGGAACUGAUUUCAUCACCAACAACCUCAUCAAAGAAAUUGACUUUGCCACAAUCCAUGCUUACCCUGAUCAGUGGCUAUCAGGCCAGAGCGACGACGCGCACUCUGAAUUUGUACGGCAGUGGGUGGAGCGGAUGUGGAGCCACUGGAACGACACCAAGAGGAUCCUCAAGAAGCCCUUAGCGUUCACGGAGUUCGGGAAAUCGAAGAAGGAACCCGGAUACAGCGAGACAAGCCGUGAUGCAUUCUUCGGCAUGGUGUACAGCAACAUCUACAGGUACGCCAGGACCGGGGGGUCCAUGGGGGGAGGCCUGGUGUGGCAACUCAUGGCCAGAGACAUGGAGUCGUACUGUGAUGGAUAUGAGAUUGUGCUUUCGCAGGAGGCGGCGACGAGCGAUGUUAUCAGCCGACAGUCGCGUGCUAUGACUACAUUGGCAGCCAAGAUGCUGUGA